UGUCUCUUGAACAUCCUGUUCGUUUUUCUAAGCCCCAGCUCUAACACCCCCUCUGAAACAUCUUGAAUUUUCCCUCUCCUUGUUCAGCCUUAUAUUCCACUCUUUUGUCCUAAUCCUGGGAUUGGCAAUAUCUGUGCUGGGUCUGCUUUUCCUUCAAAGCCCUGGCUCCAUUGCCACCUCCUUUGAGAAGCCUUUCUUUACUCCCUGGGCGGGGGUGGGGGUGGGGAGGGGUCCUUAAAGUCCCCUCUGAAACCAACCUGGCCCCUUGUCUCUCCCUUGACCACCUUGGGUGGGAAGGAUCUGUGCUCUGGCCCCUCCAUUAGCACCCCUGCCUUGUCCCUGUAGAAGCUACAGGACAUGGAUGAGCGCCGGGCCACCCACUUGGGGGCUGGGUACGGGCUGCUGUCAGAGGCGGAGCUGCAGGUGCUUCCGAUCAUCACCAAGUGUUUGGAGGGCAUGAAGGUGGCUGCGGCUGCUGUGGACAGCAAGAAUGACUCCCAGGUCCUAAUUGAGCUGAACAAGUCAGGCUUUGCCCGCCCGGGCGACGUGGAAUUCGAAGACUUCAGCCAGCCCAUGAACAGAACGCACUCGGACAGCAGCCUGGGCACCCCCUCCGAUGGCCGGCCUGAGCUGCGAGGCCCAGGUCGUAGCCGUGCCAAACGCUGGCCCUUUGGCAAAAAGAACAAGGUGGGGGCCAGGGCUCUUGGGGAGGGGGUGUGAGUGAGUGGGGACAGCGGUGUGUGGGGGGGCACUGAGUCAGCCCCAGCCCUUGGAACGCUGAGUCCUGGGCAGGAAUUUUCCUCUUGGCUGCCGGCCCAGGCUAGAGGGAAAGCAGUGAUUGGCCUGCAAGUCCCCUGAGGCCGACAGGGGGCCAGGAAGGGAGGGUGGGUGGCUGUGGUGUGUGUCUGCUGCUUCUCGGGAUGCUAGGAGGAGACCUGCUUGUGGGAUUUAGGGCUGGGUGAGGGCUCGGAUGCUGGCCGUGGGGACUCCCCCUGGUCUCUUUCCAUCCCACCCAUGGGGCUGGGUCCUGACCUUCAGGAUGGUUUUUUCUUGGGAUUUUUGCUUUUCAAUGUCAAGCCCAUACUUGGACACUCCUGGUUUAUAGCUGCUACAACUGCCCUCUCCCUAGUUUAUACCUUUGUUCCUUGAUUCCCCACUUCAGUAUAUAAAUUGUGUUCCCCUACCCAGCGGAAACCCCCCCUGUAACCCUCUGAUAUUUCACGCCUUUGACCCUUCUCUGAGCUUGCCCUUGACUCCUGUGGCCCUGUACCUGUAUGAGACCUUGAUUUCUGCAUGCACCUACAUCCAUGUUGUGGAAUGUGAGCCCAGAAAGCUGGGGGUGGGGGGCAGACACAUGGGC